ACACACACCACCUCAGCUACCCCGCGAUAGUCAAGGUGCCCCCCCCAUUGCCACACUGGACAGCUGCUAGACUUCACAUCAGUCGGCAAACUGGGGAAGAGGCAACAAGCCGGUGAGGACGCUCGUCCCAACAAGAAAGAAAAGGUUAUGACAGAAAAGAUGCAGGUCGACAGCCCUGCUACUGCCGUUGAGCAGCUCAAAGAAGCCUCUGCCAACAAUGGCGGCAUCGACGAGUCUCUAUACAGCAGACAACUGUAUGUGCUGGGCCACGAGGCCAUGAAGCGCAUGGGCUCGUCCAACGUCCUUGUUGCUGGUCUGCGAGGUCUCGGUGUUGAGAUUGCGAAGAACAUCGCCCUUGCCGGAGUCAAAUCGCUGACGCUCUACGACCCCAAGCCUGCCGCGCUCGCCGAUCUAUCUUCGCAGUUCUUCCUCACCCCCGACGACGUAGGAAAGCCGCGCGCUUCCGUCACCGUACCCCGCGUCUCCGAACUGAACCCAUACACACCCGUCCAGGAAUUCAGCGGCGGAGAUCUGACGUCAGACCUGUCACAGCUGAAGCAAUUCCAGGUUAUUGUCCUUACAGACACAUCGCUAGACGACCAGAUCAAGAUUGCCGACUAUUGCCAUGAGAACGGCAUCUACAUUGUAAUCACCGAUACAUACGGUCUGUUUGGUACCAUCUUCACCGACUUUGGCAAGAACUUCACCGUUGGCGACCCCACUGGCGAGAACGCCAACACUGGUAUCAUUGCUGGAAUCGACGAGGAGGGCAUUGUAUCAGCAUUGGAUGAGACCAGGCAUGGUCUGGAAGACGGUGACUGGGUCACGUUUUCAGAAGUCGAGGGCAUGGAGGGUCUCAACGGCUGCGCGCCCCGCAAGAUUGAGGUCAAGGGACCCUAUACCUUCUCGAUUGGCGAUGUUUCGGGCCUAGGAGCAUACAAGCGGGGCGGCCAGUUUAUCCAGGUCAAGAUGCCUAAGAUUAUCGACUUUGAGCCAUUCAGCAAGCAGCUAAAGAAGCCCGAACUUCUCAUUUCUGACUUUGCAAAGUUCGACCGGCCGCAACAGCUGCACGUCGGUAUUCAAGCUCUCCACAAGUUUGCAAAACUUCACAGCGGCGAGUUCCCGCGUCCGCACCACGAGGCUGAUGCGACAGAGCUAUUUAAGAUUGCGCAAGAAAUUGCCGCUGAAGGGGAAGAGAAGGUUGAGCUGGACGAGAAGCUCAUCAAGGAGCUCAGUUACCAGGCUCGCGGUGACCUCAGCCCUGUCGCUGCUUUCUUUGGUGGAAUGGCCGCUCAGGAAGUGCUGAAAUCUGUGUCGGGAAAGUUCCACCCGAUUGUCCAGUUCCUCUACUUUGAUUCGCUAGAGUCUCUUCCCACCUCGACCACUCGUUCGGAAGAGCAGUGCGCUCCAAUUGGCUCCCGUUACGACGGCCAGAUCGCGGUGCUCGGUCAAGAAUACCAAAAGAAGCUCAGCAAUGUCAAGCAAUUCCUCGUGGGUGCGGGUGCCAUUGGUUGUGAGAUGCUCAAGAACUGGGCCAUGAUGGGCCUAGCGACUGGUCCUGAAGGCAAGAUUACCGUGACCGACAACGACCAGAUUGAGAAGAGCAACCUGAACCGCCAGUUCUUGUUCAGGCCCGCAGAUGUCGGCAAGCUAAAGAGCGACGCUGCUGCAAAGGCGGUGCAGGUCAUGAACCCUGAUCUCAAGGGAAAGAUUGUCACACUGCAGGACAAGGUUGGCCCCGAUACCGAGCACAUCUUCAAUGAGGAGUUCUGGAACUCACUUGACGGUGUGACCAACGCGCUGGACAAUGUGGAGGCACGCACAUACGUCGACCGACGAUGUGUCUUUUUCCGCAAGCCUCUACUUGACAGCGGCACUCUCGGUACCAAGGGCAACACUCAGGUUGUGCUGCCAUUCAUCACAGAGUCAUACUCGUCGUCACAAGAUCCACCAGAGAAGUCUUUCCCCAUGUGUACAUUGAGGAGUUUCCCCAACCGAAUCGAACACACCAUUGCAUGGGCCCGAGAGUCUUUCGAUUCGCUGUUUGUCAAGGGGCCUGAGAUUGCCAACUUGUACCUGACGCAACCCGACUACCUUGGCGCGUCGCUGAAGCAAUCUGGAAACGAGAAGCAGACGCUGGAGACUCUGCGAGACUUCUUGGUCACUGAGAAGCCGCUGACCUUUGAUGACUGCAUCAUCUGGGCCCGUCACCAGUUCGAGAAGAACUACAACCACGCGAUUGCGCAAUUGUUGUACAACUUUCCCAAGGACUCCAAGACUGGCUCUGGUCAGCCGUUCUGGUCAGGACCGAAGCGCGCGCCCGACCCAACCAAGUUCGACCCCUCCAACCCGACUCACUUUACCUACGUGGAAGCUGCCGCCACGCUGCACGCCUACAACUAUGGUAUCAAGCCGAACGCAUCCAAGGAACACUACGUGGAGGUGCUCAAUGACAUGAUUGUUCCCGACUUCCAGCCCGACCCCACUGUGAAAAUACAGGCAGACGAGAAAGAGCCUGAUCCAAAUGCCAAUCAGUCUGGUGGUGAUGAUAAUGAUGCACUCAACAGCAUCAUUAACCAGCUGCCGGAUCCAAAGUCUCUGGCUGGUUUCAAGCUUGAGCCUGUCGAGUUUGAAAAGGACGAUGACACCAAUCAUCACAUUGACUUUAUCACUGCCGCUAGCAAUCUCCGUGCCGAGAACUACAAGAUCGAGCAGGCAGACCGCCACAAGACCAAGUUCAUUGCUGGCAAGAUCAUUCCUGCCAUUGCAACGACUACGGCGCUUGUCACUGGUCUUGUCAACCUUGAGCUGUACAAGAUCAUUGACGGCAAGACCGACAUUGAGCAAUACAAGAACGGCUUCAUCAACCUGGCGCUGCCCUUCUUUGGUUUCAGUGAGCCAAUAGCAAGUCCCAAGGGUACAUACCAGAGCCACGAUGGCGAAGUAACGAUUGACAAGCUGUGGGAUCGCUUCGAGGUCGACGAUAUUACUCUGAAGGAGUUUGUUGAUCACUUUGAGGAGAAGGGACUCUCGAUCCAGAUGAUCAGUUCUGGAGUUAGCUUGUUGUACGCAUCUUUCUACCCUCCUUCGAAGCUGAAGGACAGGAUGCCUCUGAAGAUGAGCAAGCUUGUGGAGCACGUUAGCAAGAAGCCCGUCCCCGACCACCAGAAGAAUGUCAUUUUCGAAAUCACGGCAGAGGACCAGAAGGAAGAGGAUGUAGAGAUACCAUAUGUGAUGGUCAAGCUGAAGUAGAUGCUUCUGGUUCGACUCAUGACGGAAUGGAUAUUGGAUUAGUCUCGGAAGACUGGAUGCAGACGAUGGCAAUAGGAAUUAGACGAGCAUAGCUUGCAUGAAUAGAUGUCACAGU